AUAAAUAUGGGCCAUUGCCCAUUAAGUAACAAAUUCAAUACUAUGAAAAUUGAUACAUGCAUGCAGUAGCAUAUCUAUACUAGUGUUUUCGUUAUUCGCAUGACAGUUGUACUUUUUCUAUUAAGCCAAGUGUGCAUUUAAUAAUUUAAUAAAUGUUUAAUACAUCGUGCAAAUUGCGUAUUAUUUUAUUUGGUGCCUAUACUUUUCAAACUGUAAACUGAAGCUGGGAUAUCAAGAUAACAAAAACAACUCCGAAUGCAGACAAAAAAAGAAUUUAAUUUUGUGGUCGAUUUUGAUCCUGGAGCACUUCAAUUCAGGAAAAAUACCGCUGAACUUCAUUUAAUAAAAAAACCUUCAUGCUACAAACCAUCAAUUAUAUCAUUCAAGCUGCAGUUCACAAUACCAGCUAUCGUCAAUUCAACAGUAUAAGGCAAGCUCAUAGUUGAAUUUUUUUUUUAUUACUUAUGUAUUUAUUGUAAUUUUGUAUAAAUUUACGAGGUUAAGCAAUUGCAAUUGAAUAUAUUUCCGACACUUUUAUGGAAUUGUUGUUCCUAUUUUAUAUAAUUUAUCUGUUAUAACGUAGUAGUAAAUAAGUCACUUAUAGACAUGUUUCAGUUUACAAUAAUUCUAUUAAUUACUAGCUUUAAAGUAUAUCACGGUUUUGCUUAUCAAUGUCCUAAAUCAAUUCCAUAUUCAACAAUACCGGGAUUAUCGAGAAUUAAUUUACCUGUAUCAAAUGCACUCAUCCAUUUUAAAAUCGAAAACGAAUUUCUAAUAGAUUGUCAUGGUAGAACAAGAUAUGUCUGCGUGGAAAUUUCGGCAGAUACUUUACAGAAUAAGACAAAACAUUACGAUAAUGAUUUACAUGUGCAAACCGGAGGAGAUUAUAAAGAACAUAUAAUAGCGCAUUCUCUCGGAGGAUCAAAUGAUUCUCUGAAUGUAUUUCCACUUAACCAAAACUGUAAGUCAAGGCUGAAUAACAGUAAUUUUGAGCAAAAACUUGCCAAAUUACUUUCUGAACACUCGCGAAUAACAUAUAUAGCUGAACUCGAAUACACACAUAACAUGACUGAUGUACGGCCAACACGCAUAAACACAAUAUAUAUGGAUGAAAAUGAAAAUAUCCUAAGAUCUGCAGGGACGAUAAAUUCACCACCUAACACACCCUGUAAGACAGUAGAUCAGGUAUAUCCUACAAAACGCAAAAGAUCUUUGAUCGACAUUUUUAAACGUCCCGAAAAUUCAUCAACAAAUAUAAAUUGCAUGGACGGAUGUAGGAGGUCAGAAUGUUUUUCAAAAGUUGAAGAUCGUGAUAAAAGAUGUAGUUCAUAUCAUUUUCAUUCGGUGCAUGCUAAUUCACUUUGUACUGGUCAGUGGUGUUAUUGCUGUUCUUAUUAUUAAAAAAAUAUAUUGCAUUAUCCAUAGGUACUGAUAAUUGAUAUAUUUUUUCGUAUAAGGACUUAAAGGUUCAAUGGUCUCCAAUAAGAUUUGUUAAAUUAUGUAUUUAAUUAAUUAAAUACAUAAUAAUACUAAUCAACUUAAUAAGUUAUUAUAACUAAAUAAUAUACUAAUUAUAUUAUAAAAAUAAUAGUUAUUUAUAUACUAAUCUGAAUAUAUAACGCAUAAGGUAAUAAUAUUAUCAUAUUGAAAUUUUCAUUGUAAAUGCAAAUAUUGAAAUAUUUUUAUGUUUCUUACAUUUUUGAUUUUUAUGUAUUAAUAUGACUAAUAUGAGUAUAAUGUUUGUGUAAUUUGUGAAUAUUUUCUAGUUUUCUUUACCAUGUACGCAAAAUAGUCUAUUUAAAUAUUAUCACCAUAUUAUAUUUUAUUUAAAUGUCUAUGCUGUAUAUUAUAUAUAUAUAUACCUAUGUUGUGAUUUAUGUUUAAAUUGAAUAAAUAUAUGAUAAUCUUUUCA